CAUAACAGCUUACUUACAAAGCAUACUCAGAUGCGCCCGACUUGUGCACCCUCGCUGAAGCGGCUUUGAACCCGCGUGAAUUCCAUUUUAAGCUCGUCGUCCACACUCACGAGCAACGAUGCCUAAGGCCAAAUACAAUCUAUACGUGCGCCUUGUAGCGCGUGUGUUCGCUCUUUAAAGGCCCACUUACCGAAACUUUUUGACCCGCGAUUUCGCGAAGAGCUUGCGGUCUUCCCGCCUCCCACUGCUGGCGAAGAGUGGACGUCCUAAUCCCCUCAUAACUCCACGCCAGGUGGGACGGGCAACCUAACGGCGCCCCUGAAUCGUCACGAUGAUGCACCUGGACGCCAAAGCCAAGCAUAGUCUGCUGGCUCUGGACGCAGCAAGUCUGGGUCUAGCGCUCCCAGGCACAUCACCGCCUGCCGCACCACUGCCGGUGCCUGGGGUGAAGCCGCCGGGUGCGGCCGGCGUUGCCGCCCUCCCGCCGGGUUCCUUGCCCUUCGGCGCAGCCACGCAGUUCGGCCAAGUCCCCUUCUUUGCGGGUCUGCCUUUUCCGCUGCCGGGCGGCGUGCCGCCUCCGCUGCCAGGACUACCACCUUUAUCAUCUGCAGCGGCAGCCGCGGCAGCUGCGGCACAUGCGCACGCAGCUGCAGCGGCGCACGCGGCGGCAGCCAUGACUAUCGCGCAGGCCGCGGCGGCUGCGGAGGCUGCACCUGGCAAGGGCCGUAUCGGGGCCAUCGCAGCGAGUGCAGCUGCAGCAACGGACCCCAAUAUCGCCGUGCCGACACCGCCGAUAGCGGCGUCGCCGCCCACGGAGCCCAGCGAUGGAUCCAGCCCCGCCACGUCGCACGGCAGUAAGGAUGGCGCCGCAGGCGACGCCGUGAAGACGGAGCCUGGGGCAAAUACCGCAGCACCGGGAGGCGCGCUGAGCUCGCUGGGUGCUAUCGCGGCGGCCGCACAGGCGGCCACGGCGGGAAUGGCUGUGCCUCCGAGCCUGUGGCUGGGGCAGCCAGGCAGCGCGGGGUCGGCCUUUCAGGCGCUUGCCAUGCCCAUGCCGCCGUUUCCGCCCAACCUGGCUCGCACCAGUGUAGGCGGAGACGGCUCCGUGCAGCCUGGAACGUCAGCGCCGGCUCACUCUGACGCGCCGUCGGCGCCGGCACCGUCUGGCCGGCCGCCACUGGCACCUGGCAUGCCUGGCAACCUUCCCUCGAGUCUUGCUGACCAUCCUGCCGCCGGCAUUUGCAGCACCAGCUAUCGCAGCAGCGGUAGCCACUUGGGCAUGCCGGGCGGCGCUCUAGGUGCCAGCCCGCCGAGCCUCGGCACGUCACCGGCGGCUAUCAAGUUGCCCGGGCGGCGGCGCACUAGCAGCACUAAUCUGCUCAGCUCGUCCCUGGGCGCCAAGGCGAGCUCCUCGGUGCCGUCGCUGUCCGUGAAGCCGGACAAGUCGGGCGCGUGCAAGUACCGUGGCGUGCGUCAACGGCCCUGGGGCAAGUACGCGGCUGAGAUCCGCGACCCGCACAAGGGCUGCCGCUUGUGGCUUGGAACCUAUGAUACGGCGGAGGAGGCGGCCCUCGCAUACGACAAGGCCGCGCGCGAGAUCCGUGGCCCUCGCGCCGUAGUCAACUUCCCUAAUGUGAACCACGCCAACCUGCCUGCGCCCCAGCCCCAUGGUGAUGACGAGAGCGGCGCGUGGGAUCCGCUGGGCACGACCUCGCUGGGCACGUCUCCCGUGUCCUCCGGGUUCAUCCCGGGCAGCUCGCCGCUUAUGGGCGGCUCCGCGCCGGUGCGGCACGGCAUGCACCCGCAUCACCACCUGCACGGCGGCGCGUUUAGCCACCACCCCGGCGUGGCGCCCAGCAGCGGCCUGGGCCUGCGCAGCACUUUCGGUGGCUACCCGGUCCGCCGCGAGCCCACGGAGCCCAUUGCUGAGGGCGAGUCGGACGUGGACAUGGACGAUGGUGAGGAGGGCGAGGACGGUGACGGUGACGACAUGGACGAGGGCGUGGGACCCCGCAGCGGCCGUGCUCGCAUGAAGGUUAACGUAGUGACAGGUGUGGGCGGUCGCACGCGGCCUUCGCGGCCCGCCGCAGCUGCGGCCGUAGCGGCCGCUGCUGCAGCGGCUGCAGGUGGUGGCGUUGACCUGGAGGACAGUGAUGGAGCGCCGCCGCCCCCACAGCCUAGCAUGGCGGGUGGCGCUAGCCGCGGUGGCGGAGGCAAGCGGAAUCAGGUCUCCAUGGACGUCGAGGAUGAGCUUGCAGAGCUGGCUGACGCGCUGCUACUCCUGCACGAGAGCGCGUAAUGCGCCCGCAGUGUAGAGUUUGACAACCGAGAAGAUUAAUAUGAUAAGGCUGCAUUAGGGCGCUCCAUCACGGUGUUGCCCGCUCAACGAAUUGCUGUCUCUCUUUUGUGGCGCCACAGUGCCAUGUCCUGCGAGCUUGGGGGUUGCUCACUUCGUUUGUUUGCGAAUCUAAAGACUGGUGAAGACUACCUGUCGCUUGUUAAUCUGGAGCGUCGCCUUAAUGCAGCAGGACAGCACGUAAGCACUAGUCGCAAGUACUUGGAACAUGCUGUGGUUAUGGACGCUGGCCUUUCACAGCCAAUGUAAGAGGUGUGUGAAGAGGGCUUUGAGGAGGCCGGACCUGGGAAACAGGGUGCAUUGGGUCAUUCCAGGGUAUGCCCGAGGGCUGUGAUAUUACCGUAAACUCCAAGUCCGCGUUCACUGAGGGACAUAACGGCACAGGGGUGGCAGCAGCGCUGCACAGGUCUGGUUGGGGUCUCAGUGGCUGCUGUGGGCCAGGAUGUAACAGGCGGCCAGUUGCUGCUCUGGACACGCCGGAAAACUGCGAUGAAGUCGACCAAGGGUGUGCUUACAAUGCAUGAGGAUUUGAACCAUGUGACGAGGGCUGCGACCACUGGUGCCGCUUCAACUUUGACAUGUGCAUGCAGCCCGCCGAGUGAUGGGUGGUGUUGAUAAACACCGGUUUUGGGCAGCCGCAGGUUCACUGUGCAGUGUAACGUGUGUGGUAAGACUGAUGUAACGGUUGCGGAACGUGUUCACCUGUUUGGGCUGUUCAGUCAGGCCCAGCCAACGGCGCUACCUAGCGAGCUGAGCCCCUGGAGCGCAGCGUCCACGCUCUUCAGAAAUUUAGCUUUCCCCCGAAGAUGUAAGGCCUGAGCCCA